UGUGGAUGGGCUUUGCGUAUUUGUUCUCAAAGCCCCAAGAAGUUUCACCCGUGUAUAACGAGAGGCGUUUUGGUUGGAGCGUCACACAGGUUGUAUUCAGUUUCACCAUCAAAACAUGUGACUCAGUUAUCUCCCACCAAGAGACCCCCUAAAGCACCACGGACAAAACAGCCAUCCAGAGCUAACCAGCCAGUAUCGGAAUCGCUGGACCAGAUGCAGUGCACGGCCUUUGCCACAGCUGAUGAAUAUCAUCUCGGUACUUUAUGCCAUGACCUGACAUCACACGGAUACUUUGAACUCCCGGUUUUACCAAGAGAUGCAUCCAAUGUACUGCUGGUUGGAGUGGAAAAUUUUGCCAAAGAAAAUGAUACAGGAAAUAUAUUUUUCUUCAGGGAAGGUGCAGUAAUAUUCUGGAAUGUGGAAGAAAAAACAAUGAAACAUGUGAUGCAGAUUUUGGAACGCCAUGAAAUACAACCCUACGAGGUGGCACUGGUUCAUUGGGAGAACGAAGAGAUUAAUUAUAGAUUUGGAGAAGGGCACACAAAGCUUGUGAACGGUGAAUUUCUUCUGAGUUGCCAGCUGGACCCUGAUGAAGCCGUUUUGGAGAAAUUUGCCUUUUCUAAUGCACUUUGCCUGUCUGUGAAGCUUGCCAUUUGGGAGGCAACUCUUGAUACAUUUGUCGAGUCAAUUCAAUCCAUUCCAGAGAUGUUAAAAGACAGAAAGAAGAUAAAGCUCUCGCAUGACGACGUGAUGCAGAAGAUUGGAGAACUGUUUGCUUUAAGGCAUCGGAUAAACCUGAGCUCGGACCUUCUCAUCACUCCUGAUUUCUACUGGGACAGGGAGAACCUGGAACAUCUCUAUGAUAAAACCUGCCAGUUCCUCAGCAUCAACCGUAGGGUCAAGGUGAUCAAUGAAAAGCUGCAGCAUUGUACAGAACUGACGGAUUUGAUGCGCAAUCACCUGAGCGAGAAACGUGGACUGCGGUUGGAAUGGAUGAUUGUAAUACUCAUUACCAUUGAGGUCAUGUUUGAGCUUGCAAGAGUCAUCUUUUGAAUCACAGGUUCUAAUUUUAGAAGACGACUUCCAAAAACGACAGCUUGCUGGAUGUCACUGAAUAUUGGACUUCUCCCCUCUCCCUUUAACAGGAACCAACAUUCUUUAUAAAUGUUUUUAUAUUAAAAUGUGAGAAGCAUCAUGAGAAAGAAAA